AGGGAGAAACCAGCCAUGGCGCUCCUGGGCGCGCGCGCGCUCCUGCUGCGCGGCCGCCUCCUGCAGAGCCGAAGCGGCGACGGAGCCGCCGCCAUGCCUUGCUCGGAAGACGCGGCCGCCGGCUCGGUCAGCAAGCGGGCUCGGGCCGAGGAUGGCUCUUCUCUGCGCUUCGUGCGCCUCUCGGAGCACGCCACGGCUCCCACUCGCGGGUCUGCGGGCGCUGCGGGCUACGACCUGUACAGUGCCUAUGAUUAUACAAUAGCACCCAUGGAGAAAGCCGUUGUGAAAACAGACAUUCAGAUCGCUGUUCCUUCUGGGUGCUAUGGAAGAGUAGCUCCACGGUCUGGCUUGGCAGUAAAGUACUUCAUAGAUGUAGGAGCCGGUGUCAUAGACGAGGAUUAUAGAGGAAAUGUUGGUGUCGUGCUGUUUAACUUUGGAAAAGAGAAGUUUGAAGUAAAAAAAGGCGAUCGGAUUGCACAGCUCAUUUGUGAACGGAUUUUUUAUCCAGACUUAGAAGAAGUUGAAACACUGGAUAACACUGAAAGGGGCUCAGGAGGUUUCGGCUCCACUGGAAAAAACUGAAAAUUUGCUAAAGUGUUUUGCUGUGUCAGCGCUCUAAAGAGAAGCUUCAGUUCUGGUAGCAUGCCAUGUCCUAGGAUGCAGGAAAAGGGGACCUGUUAGGUCACAUGGGAACGUCUCUCUUUUGCGUCUGGUUGCCUGUGAGGGUAGCACUGAGAGGCAGGCUUGAUGAAACCAAGUAUGCAAUUGGUUUUUUUUAUUGUAUUAUUUAAAUUCUAGUCCUCGAACUACUGGUUUUGCUCUAAUUGCUUUAUCGAUUGUAAGUUUUUUGUUUGUUUGCUUGUUUUUUAAUUCAAUAAAGUUGAAGUCUUUAGCA